AAUAAUAAUAGCUGUUAUAGUGUUAGUAGUAGAAUAAUAAUGGCAGAUACAUCAUUAUUAUUACAAAAAGCAGCUUCGUUAAUACAACAGGCAGUGGCUAUGGAUUCAGUUUUAAACUAUCAAGAGGCACUAAGAUUGUAUCUUACAGGUUUGGACGCUUUUAUGAGCGCUUUGAAAGUUGAAAAAAAUGAUAGAGUUAAGCAAACAUUAAAAUUAAAGAUGUCAGAAUAUAUGAAUAGGGCAGAGGAAUUAAAAGUGUUGAUAAAAAAAGGGCAUAUAGCACCAGCUAUCACACAUGUAUCAACACAAUCGUGUCAUGAUUGCCCAACACCAAAGAAAACAGUGCGUACAAUAAUACCACCAUCAACACAGCAUCAUAUAUUACAACAGCAACAGCAGCAACAACAGCAAUAUCAGCCUUCUGCUCCACCACAAUAUCAACCAUCUGCAGAUUUGGUAUUACCAUCAGUUCCAACUACAGAGUUACCAAAACUAAGUGAUUUGGAUUUAUCAGAACCAUUACCAACACCACCACCCUAUAAUCCAAGUGCAGUUGGUACCAAUAACAAUAGCAAUAAUAAUAAUAAUAGAAAUUUAAGUUUAGUUAAAAAUAAAAAAAUAAUUAAUGGUCAAAUUGGAAAUAGUUAUGAAAGUUUAUUUGGGGAUUAUUUAAACGACUGCCAAUGGAUUAAAAUUGUUGACCCAUAUAUAAGAACAAGACACCAAAUUGAUAAUUUAGUAAGACUAGCCGAGCUAGUUAUAAGCAAAUGUAUAUAUAAAAACAACCUCAAUAACCCAACCACACCAGUUUCGAAAUCAUCAGCCUCCUCACAAAAAGUUAAAAUUGAUUUAUUAACAUCUUCAGAGAAUGCAAAUCAAGAGGAUGAGUUAAAAUUGGUCUUUUAUCAACUAAAAGACCAUCUAUCUUAUUUCAACAUUAACUUUAAUUACCAAUUCAGCUCAACUAUUCACGAUAGAUCCAUCGAAACAUCAAAUGGUCAUUUAAUUAAAUUGGGCCGUGGUUUAGAUAUCUAUCAAAAACUUCCAAACCAAAAUAGUUUUAGCGGUAUUGGUUCAUUUUCACAAGAUUUACGUCCAUGCUUAGAGUUUUCAAUUGAUAUAUUUAAAUUAAAUUAAACAAUUAAAUUUGUAAUCAAUUUUGUAAUCUACAUUUAAAUAUUUUAAAAACAAAUAAACUAUAUUUAUUUAUUA